AUGUUUCUCUUGUAUCCAUCCGGCGAGCAAUCACGGGCCAGCUUUGCCCUCCGGCGGGCGGCAAGAGUAAGCAAUCAUACUUCCCGCAGAGGUAACAAAAACCUGAUUUGGAAGACUUUAACCUCGUUCCUGGCAGCUUCUACGGAACUUUCCAGAAACUGCCAUACAGACAGCCCGAUGAUAGGCAAAAGCGGAAUCCGAGGUGCAUUGCCUAAAGCAAAAACGAUCAUGAGGGGUCAGUCGGGUGGGCGGCGUAAUCGCUUGGACCCCAUGACAGCUCGAGCAACUUCUAUGGACCACGACCGCAAGACAUGGGAUGAAAAGAAGGUGAUCGCUCCGGAUGUUCCGCUCCAAGUGGUGAUGGUUGAUAGUGCUAGAAUGCAUCCCCCUUCUAGGUUUCGUCUCUCGAAUACUCGCAUUUGCUUCCCGUCCGAGGUUGGGCUGCUCGGAAAGACUCUCUCCAAGCGCCCGCCAGCUAGCGUCUUGGACGUCAGUCGAGUCGACGGUGAUGAGGCCUCUUAA